ACUAAAAGAGAGACCCCAACAGUUCAAGGCCGUGUUUUCGAGUGCGUUUCCUUGGAAUCCAAGAAUUUAUUUUGAGCAAAAUAAAUGGAAACUGAAAAUCAAAAAGCAGAAUUCCUAAAUUCAAUUUAAUGUAGGACCGUGGAAGUCGUACAAUACUAAAUAUAUAUCAUGAUUUUUUUUUUUUUUUUGAAACCAAAUAUAUAUCAUGAUUAUCACUGGAAACUGAAACUUCAGAGCAAAGCCUAAAACCUGAAGACUCUCCAAUGGCGGCUGACUCUGAAGAACGCAACCGAAGAGGCAAACGCAAAAGGGAUCAGACUCGCCCUAAACUCCUUUCUGGGGAGAAAGUUGAGGUGAGGUCUUUGGAAGAAGGGUUCCUGGGUUCAUGGCACUCGGGUGAGGUGGUUCGCUGUGAGAAAUCGUUUCGUCAUGUGCAAUAUGAUCACAUUCUAUGUGAUGAUGAAUCUGCCAGUUUGAUUGAAUUUGUGGGUGUCAGUCCCUUGAUUGAUGGUGUCAAAUCUGCUCAACGGGAGCCAAAUAACAGUCGUGGUGUGAUAAGGCCUUUGCCACCUUCGCUUGGUUUCACAAAAUCUAGUCUUCGGUAUGGACAAUGUGUGGAUUCUUUUGUUGAGGAUGCGUGGUGGGAAGGUGUGAUUUUUGACCACGAAGAUGGUUCUGAGGAGCGGAAGAUUUUCUUUCCUGAUCAGGGUGAUGAUAUGAUGGUCUGUGUUGGCAACUUGCGGAUCACUCAAGACUGGGAUGAGCUUACUGAAGAAUGGAAGCCUCGAGGUAACUGGCUUUUUCUUGAAGUAAUCGAUGAAGUCAAGCAAGAGUGGCCCCUUUUUGUCUCAGUAAAGCAAAUUUGGUAUGAAGUGCGGGAGAAGAAUGGAAAAAACAACCUAAAGGAGUGGACAUUUUCUGUUACAGAUUAUUGGAGGAAAUUGGCAUCCCAAGUAAUACUUGACAAUUUAAAGUUCAGUGUCGAUCAAUUCUUAGGAUUAUUGAACUCCUCAGAACGCUUUGUACAGGAAGGACCGCUGUUGGAAUUUUCUGAAUCUGUUCUCAACGCUGUGCUGAAACCAAAAACAUAUAUAAAUGGUUUGCUUGCCCUUGCACCCUUUACCAAAUCUUCUAGCAAAGUAGAAGACGGUGGAGUGCUGCCUAACAAUCUAAACGUUUCCUGUCAUCAUAUUGUUGAAAACGAAGUGGUUCCAGAGGGUCUUGUGCGUAGCAUAGGAGAGGUUGAGGUCGGUUUUAGUAGUAAGAAUUUGGAUACACAACUCAUCCUGAGCCACGAUGAAACACAAUCCUUGCCACUUCACACGCUUCCAUGUUCAUCUCAUAGUGAAAUUGGAGCACCUGGGAGUUUGUUGGAUGAUUAUGGAGAAACAAUUCCUUGUACGAAUUCCAAGGUGCCGAGUGAGAAGCUCAAAUCUUCUAGGAGAAAAAAUGUGGAGUGGCUUCCCUUGGCUCUUGAAGCAGAGUUUUGCCCCGAUGCAAUUAUUCAGUUCCAAAGAAAGUUCAUGCUGGGCCGUAAAAACUUACAUGUAAAAGUAAGGAAACAUCUUUUAUAUUUGGGCUGGAAAAUCGAGUGCGUAAAGGAUUGUGAAAUGACUAGGUUACGAUAUUUUUCACCUUCUGGGAAGUUAUAUAUGUCGCUUUCUAAACUGUGUAAUGAGUUUGACACCACAUCAGAAUCUCUUUCUGUGAUUCCCAUGACAAGAAGGCAGGAUGUCUCUCCCGAUAGUUCACUUGAUAUUACAUCGGGCAGCUCAGCUGAUGGGUUCACCUCAUGCCUUCCUUUGGUCAGACAGCAAGAAUGCAGAAAGAAGUCCAUGUUGCCUUCUUUAGAAGUCAUCAUUGAUCCCAAAUACUGCCCUCAAGCAGUGAGUGAUUAUGUAUUGUGUCAAAAAGAAAAUACCCUUCACUCUAAAAAGGGAAUAACACGGCUCGCUUAUGAAGCUAAGAAGCAUCUAGUUUUUAGUGGAUGGAAAGUCUUUAAUUAUUUGGGGCGAGGCAAGAAACAAUUUUGUUAUGUGUCUCCUAGCCGAAGAGUAUUUUAUUCACUUCUAACAGCUUGCAAAUGGUAUUUUGAAGAGAGUGCGUCCUGUCCUGAUACUCCUGGAAAUUUGGCAACGGGGACAUCUCCUGGUAUGUCACCGUCAAAGGAGAAGGAGACCAGUAAAUCGAGAACGAAGAGAAAGCUUUCCUUCCAUGAAUCUAGGGGUUUGUUUAACGAAGGAGAUGUUGCAGAUACUAAAUCUUCAUCCCGUGUGCUAAGAUCAAGUAAAAGAGCUAGGCAGGUUUCUUCCUCUCAUCGGACACCUCGUACCAUUUUAUCUUGGUUGAUCGACAAUAAUGUGGUUCUUCCGGAGACAACUGUGCAAUAUUGUGGAAGGAAAGAUGGCCCCCCAUUGAAGGAGGGGAAAAUAACUCGGGAUGGAAUCAAAUGCAACUGCUGCCAGAACGUUUAUAGCCUUAGCAACUUCGAAAUUCAUGCAGGAAGCACUAAUCACCGGCCUUCAGCAAAUAUCUUUUUGGAAGAUGGAAGAUCAUUACUAAAGUGCCAGUUGGAGAUGAAACACAAAAGUAGUGUGAAAAACUCAAAGACAGAACCACGUAUGGUGCAAGGGAGUCAACAUCUUAACCGGAAUGACCAUAUAUGCUCUAUCUGUCAAGAUGGUGGUGAUUUAAUUUUAUGCGAUCGGUGCCCAUCCUCAUUUCAUACUAGUUGCCUUGGUAUGAAGGUUAUUCCAGAUGGCGACUGGUUCUGCCCGUCAUGCUGUUGUGGAAUCUGUGGCCAGAGUGGGUUCGAUAAAAGCAAUGACCAAUUCACAGAUAAUAACAUUCUCUGCUGUAAUCAGUGCGGGCAUCAAUAUCAUUAUCGGUGCAUUGGAGAUGAGAGUUCAGAGCCAGACAAUUAUCCUAAAGGAAAUUGGUUUUGCAAUACAAGAUGUGAACGGAUUUUUUUGGGACUUCAUCAGCUGUUGGGAAAACCAAUUCCAGUGGGCACUGAUAAGCUAACUUGGACAUUGCUGAAAUACACAAAUCCAAAUGAUUCUUAUUACGGUGCCCCUGAUGAUGAGUCUAUGACGGAGAAUUAUGGCAAACUUAGCGUUGCUCUUAGCGUGAUGCAUGAGUGUUUUGAGCCCGUCAAAGAAUCUCGAACCCGGAGGGAUCUCAUGGAAGACAUUAUCUUUAGUAGAUGGUCUGAAUUGAACCGGCUAAAUUUUCAAGGAUUCUAUACUGUGGUUUUGGAGAAAAAUGAUGAGCUGAUUACUGUGGCUACUGUAAGGGUCCAUGACGAGAAAGUAGCUGAAAUACCUCUUGUUGCCACAAGGUUUCAAUAUCGACGACAUGGGAUGUGUAGAAUUCUGAUGAACGAGCUUGAGAAGCAACUUGUGGCAUUAGGAGUAGAAAGGCUAGUUUUGCCGGCUGUUUCCAGUGCAUUGGACACGUGGACCACAUCGUUUGGUUUCAAAGAGAUGAAAGGUUCCGAGAGAUUGGACUUCUUGAAGUACACAUUCCUUGAUUUCCACGGCACAAUCAUGUGUCAAAAGUUGUUGACGAACAUCCCGUCCAUCAACUCGAGUGUAUCAGCAGAAGCUGAUCAGCAGUCUUUCGACCAUAACAAUAAUGGUAAUGCUGACUUGGAUGGGAAUAUCACAAUCUCCGAGGUCUUCCAAGCCGAACAACUUAACGGGAGCGAAACUGUCGACCAAGCAUCGUUGGAGCCAAGCGGAGGAGGAUCUGGUGCCAAUGACGACAGCGCCCCAGCUCCCGUAGUUCUCGCGUUCAAUCCAACGCUCCCUCUCUGCUCAGCUAAAGCUGCGUUGGAUUACUCGGCCACAGGCGCUGAGCAGAAGGAAGAUGAGACGUUCAAAUGCUACCAGCGCAGGAGAACGCUGCAGCCUGUGGAAGCUAAGCUGGUGUAACGAGAGGUAACCGAUAACUGAUAAGAACCGGGAUUGUAGAUUUGUUGUACAUAGGUUUUUCCGAAAAACAUGAAUCUGCUGACUGUUGUGUUCUUGCAUUUUGGUGUACAAAAGACCUGUCUUGAAGGUUCAGAUGUAGUGAAGCCGUGAAGGGGUUCUUUUGUGUGUGGGUGGUUUUAGCUUUCAAGAUAUGCUGCAUAUUUUCCCCUUGAAUGCAUCAUCAUCAAUAAGAUUAAUGUUUUUUCACCUGGCACUAAUCAUUUCUAUUGAGUUAUCAUGAUUUACACAUA